GCACGUAACCGGUAAAUUGCUGAGCUUUGCUUUGGAGGAAAGAACCAACAUAUUUGUGAUAUCAUUGGAAAGAGUCAGCUAUCAUUUAAGCUGUGGAUCAAGAUAAGCUAUAUGCCAUCAUGAACUUCACCUCCUUCCAUGUGCCAUGUCUAUUGAGACAUCAACUUCUCCGGUCUAAUCGGUUGGUACUGAGAAGGACAUUCUGCUCUACUUGUACAAACUGUCACAAGACACACCAGGAUUCAUCAAGUGCUCAGAGACUAUCAAGGAACUCGCAAAUACUGUCAUCGGGUUAUCAUGAAACCAUUGCGACAUUGCCUUGUGCGACUUCAUCAGGGAAUCUUGUGGCUAGAGCUUUCAGUGAUAAUGUAGGACCAUGGCUCAAAGGACAAACUGGUAUAACAGAUAUAGGGUUAAGGGGAUCAGGCAGAUCACGGCAGCCUGGUGGUGAAACUGUGCUGUCUAUGCCGAGCAGAGACUUCAUGAAUCUCUUUGGAUCCUCCCAACCUACAGAGUGGGCUAAAGCGAUAUCAGAAGCAGAGAAGGUAGUAGGAUACUCCACAUCAUUUAUGAGUCUUCGAUGUCUUCUGAGUGACGAGUUGGCAAAUGUAGCCUUGCACAUGAGGAAACUUGUAGGUUCUAAACAUCCACUUCUCAAAACAGCCAAGAACUUUCUAACAGAUGGGAAGCACAGUCUACAGACAAGAGGCCUGAUCAUCCUCCUGAUAUCCAAGGCAGCCAGUACUCUGACCCACCAAGCCCCCAGAGACUCAGGAUCACAUCAGCUUGAGGAUACCUCCUCUGAUCAGGGAGACCAGAUCAACAGCUCAGUGGCACCACCCCCUGGAGGAAUAUAUGCUAGCCAAAGAGCACUGGCUGAAAUCUCAGAGAUGAUCCACACUGCCUUUCUAGUCCACCGAGGGGUCGUUAACCUCUUCAACCUUGAUCCCACUGCUGGACCAAUCAACGUCAUGGAGAUGGGAAACAAGAUGGCCGUUCUCAGCGGAGACUUCCUAUUGGCUAGCGCUUGCAAGGCGCUUGCAGGGCUACGCAACACCAUUGUUGUUGAACUCCUUUCGAAAGCCAUAGGACAUCUGACAGAGGCUGCUUUCAUGAAGUUUGGAAACGCUGACUUGAGUCCCGUUUUAACAAUACAGCCUGAUUUGACUUUCCGGGACUGGGAGAGAUACAUUUAUCUUUCAUCAGGCACCCUGAUUGGUCACAGUUGCAGAGGAGCUUUAGAACUGACCAAUCACAGCCAGGCUCUGACAGAGAGUGCAUACAACUUUGGAAAGAACCUUGCAUGGGCACAACAGCUUCAUACAGAGCUCCAACCUUUCACAUCCAGCUCGUCAUCAAGAAUUCAAAGUGACAUUGAUCUUACGUCUGCUCCUGUAUUGCUCUACCUGGAGUCUGAUCAGGGUCAAAGGUCAGAGGUCAGCUCAUCACGUAAACCAGAUGUCAAGAAGCUGAUGCGUGAGAUUCGCCAGAGCCCUGCCCUUGAUAAUGCCAAGAGUCUGUGCCUCAACUAUGCUGACACGGCUCUUCAAGGUCUUUCAGUGUUCCCUGCUUCUGACUCAAGGACGGCUCUACAGAACAUGGUCCAUGCAGUGAGGAUAUGAACAUUUGACGACAUGUAUAUCCUUGAUUAAGAUAACCUACUUGUCAUAGUCUGAUUCCAGGGGCCCGUUUCAUAAAGCUGUUUGUAAGAUACGAAUGGCUUUAUGCACAACUGGUGACCCUUUCUUGUGC